AUGUCGCACAAUCCUUAUCGGCGCAACAAUGGGCGCCAACAACAGGCAGCAGCUCCGUCCUCAGCACGGCCCAUUGUCAAUCCUUAUGCCUCGAGGAACAAUAAUAACAACAAUCGUAAUCGCAAUGCCAACAAUGGCAAUUUGAAUGGGAACUUUGGGAGAACAUCGGCAUUGUCUCUCAUGCCAGCAGGACCGCUUCACGUUGCAUCGCCACAAGGAAUAAUACCGCCACCACAGCAAGAACUGCUGAACACAACCGCUAAUACCACCCACGUUCAUUCGACGACACACUCGUCCAAUCUUACCAAUGAAAUGAAUGAUAACAAUAAUGAAUACAACAAUAUAGACAACUACGGCAAUGUGGAUCGAAUAGGAGUCAGUGGACAGGAUGGGAAUGGCCUUGGAAAUGACAUGCAUGAAAUGACUAUAGACGUUAAUACUUCCAACCAUCACAGGAAUACAAACACAAACAACAACAAUAGCAACAACAACAACAGCGAUGCAAAUCGACAAGUUCUACAACUCCAAGCACAAUUAAAAGCCUUGCAACAAGAAGUCCUGGAACAAUCCGAAUCGAAUUUUGAGUUGAAUGCCACGAUCGCCACCAUGCAGGCGGAGAUGGACCAUUCCAUUUCGGCCUCAUCUGAAAAACACAAGGAGGAAACUUCCAAAUUGCAGCAUUUGCUGAGGCUGGAACAACAAAAAUCUCGUCGUCUCGAGUUACAGCAACAGCAACGAAUGCAACAGCAGCAAGAACACAGCAUGCCGGUGCGAAAACGACCCGCCAGCCAGUCUGUCUUUACCAAGCGUUUGGAAGCUCAUGCAGGAAUGACAGCAGCAGCAGCAGCAGCAGCACCUGCCAUUCCGCAGAGCAUUACCCUACCUACUUCUAAUACUACUACUAAUGCAGACGACUCCGUCCUUGUUGGGUCAGAUCCUCCUCAAACGCCACCUCACAAGAACAACUCCUCGGCAUCAGCACUCAACGACCCACCGGAUUUUGCCAUUGCCAAAAGGGCCGAUAACACCACCACCACAACAACAACAACAUCCUCGCCCAUGCCAACCGUCGUUACAGACACAACAUCCAAUACUGCUGCUGAAUCAUCAUCCAGAAGCAGUGCCAGUCGAUUGGCUCAGCACAUUUUGCAGUCCCUCAUUGAUAAUAAUGAUGAUGAUUCUUCUUCUUCUUCAAUAAGAAGAAGAAGUAGAAGGCGACAUGAUGAAGCAAAAAAGAGUGACAAUGAUCCAAAGGCCAAUAGUGGCAAUAAAAACAACAUGGAAACGAGUACACAACAACAACAGCAACAACAACAGCAACAACAACCAGUGGAGAAUGAUGACAAUGUGGAUGGUGACAAUAAUGAUACUGAAAUGGCCCAUGAGAUUUCACCGCAACAAGAGGAAGAAGGAGUCGCCAGUCGUGAUCAUUCACAAGCCCGACGUGUAUUGAUUGACAUUUCCAGUGGCUACGGACAAGCCUGGUCCGAAGUUCAAUUGGUGGAAUACAUCCUGAGACUGGACCACGCCUGGAGACUCUGGUACCCAGCCUUGGAAAAGAGUCGUUUGGGGCGAAAACAACUUUUGCAAGCCAUUGUCCAACGACACGAAACGUUGCAAGACUCUUCCUCCAUGACAGAUGGUCAAGAUGGUGAUGACAAUGUGAUUGGAAAAGGCUCCAGGAUUACACGAUUGGGACUACCCGGGGGGAACACCAAAGCAUUGGACUCGUCGCUGGAAACCAACAUUUUGAACAGUCUAUUGGAUCCAUGGUGGGAUCACACAUCCAUGGCCUCUGUUCAGGCCAAUGCUGCAUUACGACUCGUUCAAGAACCCAAAACGGUGGUGGAAGAUCUGACCACGAUCAUUUCACCAUUGCUGGCAUACACAUGGAUCCAAAAGUUGGUCGAAUCAAUCAAAACGAAAGACAACCAAUUUCAAGCAUUGCGGCUACUGCAGUUGAUCUUGGAAGAAUGCAGCGACACACACGAUCAGACCGCCUUGUGGGAAAUCUGCCGCCAGCCAAUGGAGCAAGUAUUGGAGGGAUUGUACCGACAAUGGAUGUUUGAAAUGGCAAAGUUGAUCAAGCAAGAGAUUGCCAACAACCAAAACGAUAUCAUGACAAGCAGGCUAACAUCCAAGAGCAAGAAAAGGGGAGACGCACGAAAGCGACGACUCGAAGCCAUGCCUGUGGAAGAGUUGUCAAUGGAGUCAAGAGACAUUGGUGAUGUUGAGCAAAGUUUGGCACACUCGUUGUCCAUAUGGAAUGCACUGAUUCCGUCCACAACUGUCGAAAGAUUGGAACUGUGGUUCAUGGAACAGAAUGGAGCGAGAACGGUAUCUCUUGUCCUGGACAUGCUUGAGGAACAUGAACAUUUGUACGAUAAGAGGAACCGACCUCGCCGUCCGACUUACUAUGUCAUCAAGGGGUGGUACUUGGAUGCUAUUCAAUUCCUCUCCACAAUUGGGACGAGCAAAUCAGGAAUGGAUGUCUUGAGGACGCGAACUCAUCCAUCAAAUGUUGGGUCGGAUUCUUAUUGGAUGGGAAACAGUUUGGACGUUGCCAUUGAACAACUCUUUUCGUUGGUGAUGGAUCAAGAGCAAGACACUCGAAAAAGAUCGGACGAUGGAUUUCAUGCGCGUACCUUGGCAAUUGAAAAAUGGGUUCGAUUGUGGCACCAAGUACUACUAUUUGUUCAAGAUCAGCAGCUUCCGGAUAAGCAACCAGUUGCGCUGUCAUUUCGAUCCCUGGUUCUGGAGCAUCAAGACUGGUAUACAAGUGCUUGUGCUGUACUCCUUGCCGACCAAGAACGCACAAGACAAGACAUACAGGCAAUGAUCCGACUUCAGCUAGAAGAACUCUCCCUAGAUGAAGAAGAAUACGAAGAAUUGAGGGGUCACUAG